AUGGAGGGAGUUGUGUAUGAUGGACAGGUGCCCCAAGGAGGGGAUGAUACGACAGCCAUUGAUGCUCUUGCAACCGUGUGUGUUCAGGAGGCAUAUAGGCUUCGAGAGAGUGAGGAUACUACUAAGUUGAAUGUCCUCGCAUCCAUGUGUGCGGAUGCCCCACGAGCGGAGCCUGCUGCGCAACCCCAAGAGGAUGAUGUGGUGAUGACGGACCUCCCUGACGACACAACGGCCAAAGUUGAGUACUUCGGCAAGGAAGCCAAAGAGGAUGCGGAUGGAUCCAGUUCGGACGGGUACAACUCUGAUGACACUUUUGUGGUUCAGCGUCCCUCAGAAGAAGUUCAACUUGCCCAACAGCAAGUUCACUAUGCCCAAAAUAGGGUCGUCUAUACCAACGCGGAAGUGGACGGUUUCCAACAAUUAGUUAAUGCUGGCCAAGCGAUACUUGUCCGUGCCGAAAAGCGCCUUGAAUUUGACCAAGGUUCACUCGAAAUUGCCAAAGCGGGACAUAAAGUUGCCCAAGAGCAGCUUGAAAAUGCCCAAGAAAAAGCCGACAUGGUCAUAACCGGAGCCGACGACGACGAGGACGAGGACAACACGCCAGAUGAGGUCAAGGACCCUUGCCCCAGGUGUAAUAAGCUAGUCAAGGACCUGGAAGCCCAUAUGGCGCUCGUCCACGGCAACUCACGGAAACUGAGACUGGAGGCGAUGAGCCGUGCCACACGUGCAGUAUUAUCAGGCACUGCAGUCGAUUACCCCUGCCCUUGGUGCAAGAAUGUCUACAAGAACUCAACCAGUCUAGGGAAACAUAUGGCUUCCAAACAUAGUUCCGGACCCCAGCAGCACCCCAAUCAGGAAGCUCAGGGUCGGGCCCGUGGACAUCAGCAGGAUCUGAGCCGUGGCUGA